AGCUUGGGCCCAGUAGCUCAGUAGUGUUCACCUUCUCUUGGCAUUAAUAACGACUACAGAAAACAAACAAAAUGGCUGACAAAGAGAAGGUAAAGAAGAAGAAGGUAAAGAAGGAAGAACCAAAAGAAGCCGCACCAGUGGAAGAAGCACCAGCACCAGCACCAGUCGCUGAACCCGAAGCACCUCCUUCUCAUUCCAGCACAAAACACAGCAGCCGUAAAAGUUCAUCCAAGAAAGUCCGCAGGUCUGGCAGUAAUGUGUUCUCUAUGUUCACAACCCAACAAGUGGCCGAAUUCAAAGAGGGUUUCUCGAUGAUGGACUGGGAUAAAGAUGGCAUUUUGGGCAAAGAGGACUUGAGAGCCACUUGGGACAAAGUGGGCAAGCUAGUCACAGACCCUGAACUCGAAGCUAUGUUGAGCGAAGCUUCUGGUCCAGUUAACUUCACCCAAUUGUUGACCUUGUUUGCAGCUAGGAUGUCUGAUGGAGGUCAAACCGACGAUGACGAGACUGUUAUUGCUGCCAUCAAGUCGUUCGAUGACAACGGUAAAAUCGACAGCGAAAAGCUGAGGUACGGUCUAUUGAACUGGGGUGACAAAUUCUCCAACCAAGAAGUCAAAGAUGCUUUUGACAACAUGGAAAUUGACAAAAAAGGAUUGAUCGACACCGAAGACCUCAUCUCCAUGGUUUUGGGAUCUGGUGACGACGAAUAAUUUGUAUUUAUUUUAAAUCAAUAACCAGUUUUUAAUUUAUUUAAUAUCCCUAAUUUUGCCCAACUUGUGUAUCAAUUGGUAGGUCACAAAUGAAAAAUUUGAUGAAAGUUAAUAUCGAAAUAAAAAGGAAAUCCUCUCUAUACAUAACUUUGUACUUUAUUUGUUAUUGUACUUACCUACCUAUAUUGCAUGUAAACGCCGAUGCAGAAAAUAUCAUUGACAUAUUUACAUAAAUAUAAAUGUAUUAUCAUCUUGAUUCUAUACAAAGUUGCAGCGUAAAAGAAGAUAAAACAUCCAAUUAUUAUUAUUUCAUAGACAUUCUUCGUCUUUAAGUGCAUACAGGUAUAUUAAAAUACCGAAUAUUAAAUAUCAACAUUAAUAUUAAUGGAAAUAUGUACGUAUGUAUUGUUUGAUAUAAGCUUUAUGACGUUUUACUUUUUUCGUAUCGUAACUACCUACUUAUGUGUUAUGUAUAAUAUAUAACAGGUACCUGUAGUAUAUAAUAAUAUAAUUUAUAAUAUAGUACGAACAGCUGUCUAGAUUACCUUAUUAUUGUGUAACGAUUGAUAAUGUUAUAAUUGUUAUAAAUAUUAAAUUUGGAGAAUGAUAUAAUAGCA